ACCGUGAUUGGCCGGCGGCGCGGCGGGGCGGCCGCAGUGCUGUGUGAGCGAGCGCUGUGUUUGGGGUGGCGAAGCUCUGCGCGAUGCUCGGCCUUUUCUCCAGGGUGUUCUCCUACUUCUGGAGAUCUGCGGAUGGCGAGGAAGGAGGAGGUGCGAGGUGGACAAGCUCAGGUGACAAAGAACUAAAAACUGUUCGAGGAGUGGUGACAAGAUUUUGCAAUGAUUAUGGAAUGAUAAAUGACCUGAUAGUCUUCACAGAGCAUGCUGUUGUAAACAAUAUGCCGCUGGCUGUAGGACAGGAAGUUAUUGCUACUGUUGAAGAGGACAAAAUAUCGAAUGGCUUGAGGGCUAUCAAGGUAGAUGCAGUCCAGAAUACGUGGGGAGACUACAGUACUGCUUGUAAUGCUACUGAAGUACAUAUGAAAAUAUUAAUUGGUAAUAUCACCUCUCUCUCUAAGGACGGUGGCUAUAUAAGUCAUAAUACUCCUUUCACAAUGGAAGAUGUCUGCGAAGGUUUUACACCUUGUGUGGGUGACUGUGUGCAAGCAAAGUAUUUCAUUAAUCCAGGAACAUGGAACAGUAAAGCAGUUGCUGUGAAGCCUUUGAGAUACAAGCGUGUGGACAAGGUCCACAUUUCCAGCAUGUGUGGAAGAACUGGUACAGUAGAUGAGAGUAUAUUUUUCACUUUGGAUUCACUGAGACUUCCUUAUGGCUAUUCACCACGUACAAAUGAUCUAGUGAAUGUGGUUGUGGUGGAGAGCAGUCAGUCAUUUUAUGUUUGGAGAGCUCUCUGCUUGACUCCAGUCGACCAGAAUGGACAGUCUCAGUCAAAUGGACAUGAUACAGAUGAACCUUAUGAAAACUUAAUGAGAAACAAAGGAGGGCUGGAAGUAUCAAAAAUAACUGAUUUUGGAACUAUGAAGCAGGGGGAAUCUAGAAGCAUGAUCAUUUGGAUAGAGAAUAAAGGGAGUGUACCACAGUCCUUAAUCAGCUGCAGAUUAGCUGGAUGGGUUAAAAACAAGCAAUUUAGUUUUCGGAUUCCUCAAAAAGACCAGAACAGUCCAGCAGCAUAUCUGUCAUCUUCUCCAAUAAAUCAAGAAAACUUUGCAAAAGCUGCAGUGAGUUCCUGUGGAGCAACAUCAGAGUCAUUGACUAAUGCAUCCAUUCUGAAGAAUGGAGUCAUUUCAGAAAGUGUAAACCCUCAGGAAAUAAAUUUAACGAAGACAGAAGAAAACUUUUCCCUGGUUAAAGAUGGAAAUCUGUGUCAUGGAGAAGAAGAGCAAAGAGAUGUACAGCAACCAAUAGAUGACGCUGAUAUAACUGCAGAAAUUAUCAUCCCACCAGGUGGAAAAACAUUCAUAGUGAUCAUAUGCACAGCUGUAAAUCCUGGAUACAAUAAAGAGCUCUUGUUGCUUGGUUUUUCUGAUUUUACUAUUGGACGCUGUAUUGAAACUACUGUGACAAAUGAGACAGAAUUACUAAUAGCACCUGUGAAGCCAUUUUCUGCAAGAAAGGUUGACAUUUCGUCAGUACCUCAGCAAAAGAAGACAACGGUUAUUGCCCCCAAAUACAGAAGAAGUAGCAGAAAAUUUCCAAGCUUCCUCCCACAUUAUACCAUACCAAAUGAGUUAAGAAGAUGCGUGGAGCAGAAAUUAGAUAUUCUGAGCUUUCAGCCUCUCCUCGCAGAGCAUCUUAAUCUGGAAAAUUAUGAAGCAAAGUUUUCUACUCUCUUAUGGCUUGAAGAGAUCCAUCAGGAAAUGGAAAUAAAAAAUUUUGACAUGUGUGGGGUUACUUUGAAAAGGAAUGGGAAUUUAUUAGUGUUGGAAGUGCCAGGAGUGGAAGAAGGCAGACCUCACUUGGCUGCAGGCGAUAAGGUGAUACUGAAAAGUCAGGUCUAUUCUGAGCAUAUAAUAGAGUACAUUGCCUAUGUUACUGAGAUAUGUAAUGAAGAUGUUACUCUUAAAUGUAAUGCUGAUUUUGAACGGGCUUACAACUCAGAACCCAUGGAUGUGGAAUUUGUUCACUGCAGGAUUCCUAGCAGGCGGUGCCAGAUGGCAGUUGAGCAAGCUAAAUGUCUGGGUGAAAAAGUGUUAUUUCCGGAAAAGCUUCUCUUACAGUCACCACAAGAUGUCAAGACCCAGAAUAUCACUAAGUAUUGUGGUGUUGAUGAUGGCUUUGAGCAGUGUUCCCAGCAGAAGAGUGAGGUCAGAAAGCUGCAGAACAAGCAGACAAAAUGCAUGGCAUUGAGGCAGAUAAACAUGCAGAUGCAGCAACUGCUUCUGCAGAAACAAGCCAACUUGGAGAUCCAGUAUACUUCUGAAUUAUUGAUGUUUUCUUUUCUCUUUGAAGAAACUGAGAAAAUUAAAUGGAGAGCUGGUGAAUUUUUCAAUCCUAUGCUUAACAAGCAGCAGAAACUGGCAGUGAAAAGGAUACUGAGUGGUGAAUGUCGUCCAACACCUUAUAUUCUCUUUGGACCACCAGGAACUGGAAAAACGAUAACAGUAGUUGAAGCUAUUUUGCAGAUACAUUUUACUUUACCAGAUAGUCGAAUCUUGGUUUGUGCGCCAUCAAAUGCUGCAACAGACCUGAUUUGCUUGCGGCUGCAUCAAAGCAAUCUAUUAAAACCAGGAGCUAUGGUCCGAGUCAAUGCUACCUGCAGAUCCGCAGAGCAAAUUGAUGACAUGGUGAAACCUUAUUGCAAGGAUGGUGAUGAUAUUUGGAAAGCAGUGUGGUUCAGGAUAAUAAUUACCACUUGCUGUAGUGCGGGAAUGUUCUAUCAAACAGGAACCAGGCUUGGACACUUCACACAUGUGAUUUUGGAUGAGGCUGGGCAAGCAAGUGAACCAGAAAGCCUAAUUCCUAUUGGAUUAAUUUCAGAAGUUAAUGGUCAGAUAGUUCUGGUUGGAGAUCCAAAGCAGUUAGGGCCUCUAAUAAAAUCUAGAAUUGCAGUGGCAUUUGGAUUAAAUAUAUCCUUGCUGGAAAGGCUGAUAUCAAGAGAUAUGUACCUGAGAGAUGAGGAUGCUUUUAGCGCUGAUGGAUCGUAUAACCCUUUGUUGAUCACAAAACUCAUAAACAACUACAGGUCACAUUCUGCAUUGCUUGCCUUACCAUCUAAACUGUUUUAUAAUAAAGAGCUCGAAGUUUGUGCAGAUGCUUCAGUAGUAACUUCUUUGUUACACUGGGAGAAAUUGCCCAGGAAAGGGUUUCCAUUAAUUUUUCAUGGAGUAAGGGGCAAGGAAACUCGUGAAGGUCACAGUCCUUCAUGGUUUAAUCCAACUGAAGCAGUUCAAGUAAUGCAGUACUGUUGCCACCUGGCUAAAAAUGAAAGCAUUGCAGUGUCAGUGACUGAUAUUGGAGUGAUUACACCGUAUCGUAAGCAGGUAGAAAAAAUUAAAUUUCUUCUGAGAAGCAUUGAUUUGUCAGAUAUUAAAGUUGGCACAGUAGAAGAGUUUCAAGGACAAGAGUGCAUGGUUACCAUCUUAUCAACAGUGCGAUCUUAUGAAGACACACUUGCUGAAGAGGAAUACUAUUUGGGCUUUCUCUCUAACCCAAAGAGAUUCAAUGUAGCAAUUACUAGAGCAAAAGCUUUGCUGAUUGUCAUAGGAAAUCCUCAUCUUCUUGUGAAAGAUCCCUGUUUUUGUGCACUAUUAGAGUACAGUUUAAUGAAUAACGCUUAUGUUGGUUGUGACCUGCCUUCUGAGCUGAGAAGCCUGCAACAACAGGUGUGACUAAUUUUUCAGUGUCCAAGAUGCAUUCAGUUCUCUUCUGUUUUUGAAGCUAAGAAUAUUUAAUAGGAAUCCAGCACCUUUUGGCCCUGGGGAAAGGCACACGUUCUGAAAUUCCUUGAAGUUUAUCCAAGAGAGGCUUCUUAAUGCUUCCUUUCAAGAGGUGAAAAAGUUGAAAUUUAUCACUAUAAAGUGAUACUGGCAACCAAUUUGCUUUUUUUGUUUAAAAAGUGUAUGAUUCUACUUCUGCAUAGAGCAGGUGUGUGUGAGUCCUCUAAGCUUCAGGAGAAAGUUAUUGCUGAACUUGUAUAUUAAUUUUUCUUUGUUUUUGACAUUUCAGUUUUUUUCUCAAACUUCUGUAGUGCCUCCUGAAACUCUUCUGUUCCAAGAAUAUGUUUUUGUCUUGUUAUUUAUGAAGUGUGACAUUUAUAAUCCACACUGGAUUGAACUGGAAUGAUGCGUGAAUAUCUCCACUUGGCUGAUGUUGAGUAUCUUAAGCCAACCAAACUUAAAGCCCUGCUUUUUUGUUUAAAGCCUUUGUAUACGUGUCUGAGAUGACAUAGGAUUCUGUUUUCCAGCUGCAGUCCAGCUGUCUGCUGUGGUAUAUGUCAGAAUGCCUCAAAUGGGUUGAAAAGGUGGGGGGAGACAGUGAAAACUGCUGUGUUUCUACGAAGAUCCUGUACAGUAGUGUUGUAUUCAACUUUGGCAAAAUUGUAAACAGUGAACAUAAACUGUAGCUUCAUUGUGUACUGUGCUGUUACUUUAAACUUGAAUGAGGUGUUCUCUCUGAGUUGACUAAGUAUUGCCAUACAGCAUUUCUAAAGUAAGAUGGACAGUUAGCUAUUGUCCUUCAGAGUCUGCCAGUACAACCCAGUGGUUUUCUGCAACAGACAAAUAUUGUAGGUAACCUACAGAGAAACAAAGAAAGGGGUAAAAACAAGAUUUGGUUUGCAGUCAGUUCAUAUUACUUUCACUUCUGGUGGUCACUGUACUUCCUUCUGCAAUGCCUCAUGUAUAAAUAGGGCAGCUUAUAGCUUGGCAAAACAUCAAAGCCAGAUACACAGUGCAGGGACUCACACUGUGUAGAACCCAGAGUAUACUUAGUGUGUUUAUCCAGUCUGAGUCUCAGCUGUAUUGGAGCAGCACGGCAGCCUCACCAGCCUUGUCUCUUUGGUAUGUUAUGCUGGCUUAAUUGUUUUUACUCCUGAAAAAGUCACGAUAGACAGUUUGUUGCAGUAUUAUACUGAAAAUGUCAGUGGCUGUAAUGCCAUUCCAGUAUUCUACAUAAAACUUUGGAAUCUGUCCAAUAAAGAAUCUGUUCCCCAUUGAAGGAUUUCUUGUAUGUCUUCCUUUGAGGAUUAUGAUGGACCAGAUCUCACAGCAACUACGUAGUCCUGUUAAAUGAUCUUUGAGUACCCUUCCACUCCAAGGCAUUCUAUGAUUCUAUGAUACUUCUGCUUGUAAGUAGUGGUAACACAGGUUUUCUCAAGUGUUCACAUGUUCUCUUUGAAGAACAGUGAAGUGAUAACAGAAUAAUAGCACUUACUUCAUCACUAGAUGUAACUCAAAACUCAU